AUGGCCUCCACAGACGAUUGUCCUUGCUCGUCAGAAACAGUUGGGCAUCCAACCUCAGGACCAAUUUGCCCACGUAUCGAAGCGCUCAAAGCGCUCAGUCCGAGCACGACGGCACGACCAGUCCGUUUGGAAUUCCGAUUCGCCAAGAACAAAGACAACGAAGGUUUCCGGUCACCUCUUCACCGCAAGAUUUACGAGAUGACCGGCAAGGCGUUCGAGCCCGCAAUGCACUGGGCCCUUCAAGUCGGAUCAAAAUGCUUCGAUCUGCACAAAGUACCGUUCACGAAGGCUGCCGAGCUCAGAACGACAGACUGGGAGAUCUCGUCAAUACGGUUUCAAGCCAUGAAGGAAGAGGCCAAAGAGAUCGGUGUUACGUAUGACCAGAUCGAGCAAAUCGGCAAACACAUCAUCGAGAAAGCAUUCCCCAGAUACGAUGCUUUCAUCAACAACUGCCAAUCAUUCGUCAUCGAACUGAGCAAAAACAUCUUGCAAGCGCGCAUCAACGAGCUCCAUCUGCUUUCGCUCGGGUACAGGUUUUACAAAUUCUUCAACGGUGCGAACAAGAUGAUCCGCCGGAACGUGGACAAGAUUGCCGGCAAGUCUCGCGCGCUCGAGGAUCUUCCAGUCGCACUGAUCAAUCGCGGUCUGCGAGCGAUCAUAGAGCCGCGAAACUCGAUACGUCGUAUCAAAGCCACCUGGAAGGCCCGUCUGAUCGGUGGUCCUGCAGUUACAGCUGGUAUGUCGCAUGAUCGGAUGGGCGCUCUCAGCGGAGUGAUGGGAAGAGCCUCGCGCCUGCUUCGGAGCAGUUGA